CGAUUUCCCGGCGAAUUCGCUGGCAAACCGGGAGACGAAGAAGAAUCUGAAGAAACGGCGAUUUCAAAUGCAUCCAAUCACAAAUCAAGGGGACGGGAGCAAGAAGCUGAGAUCAGAGAUGAUUACUCCUCGCCGUAACCUAAAAUUCCGUCAGAGACGCCGGAGAAAACAGCGGCGCCGCGUGGCAAUCGCCGGAGAAGGUUUUCAUCAAUGGAGUUUGGGGAUGAUAAGAUGCUGUACCUGAGAGACACAUGGAGAGAAUCAAACAUGAUCUGCGACGUCGUGCCUCUCAAUCCCAGCUCCAAUGGCGUUUGGCCUGCUCAGAAACUCGCAGAUCCAUACAUCAACACCGUUUUCUACAAUUUCACGUUCCCACAUCUUCAGCUAAUAUUCCUCAUCAUCUCUUUCCUCUGGCAAUUCCUGCAUUUCUUCCUCCGGCGUCUCGGCAUGAUCCGCUUCACUUCCCAUAUGCUUACGGGUGUUCUUUUAAGCAAGUCGUUCCUAAAAGAGAACUCGGCAGCGAGAAAAUUCUUAUCAACAGAGGAUUACAAAGAGAUUGUGUUUAGUCACAUCGCUGCUUGCUCCUACAUGAUGUUCUGGUUCUUGAUGGGAGUUAAAAUGGACAUGGGCUUGAUCCGAACCACGGGGAGGAAAGCCAUCACCAUCGGGAUCUCCUCUGUGUUACUCUCCACUCUGGUUUGCUCCGUCAUCUUCUUCGGAAACGUGAGGGACGUAGGAGCCAAGAAAUCGGAUCGUACUCUGAACUCACUGGAGUCCGUCGUGCUAUUCUCAAUCCAGUGCCUUUCCUCUUUCCCCGUCGUUGGUAACCUUCUCUUUGAGCUCAAACUGCAGAACUCAGAGCUCGGUCGUCUAGCCAUCUCUUCUGCUGUCAUCAGCGAUUUCAGCACCUCGGUUCUCGCUUCGGCUCUCAUCUUCAUGAAAGAGCUCAAGGACGAGCAGACUCGGCUCGGGACCGUGUUUAUAGGAGACGUCAUCACAGGGGACCGUCCUCUGAGACGAGCAGGGAUCGUGGUGCUCUUUGUCUGUGGCGCCAUCUAUGUUUUCAGGCCGUUGAUGUUCUACAUUGUUAAACAAACGCCUUCUGGUCGUCCCGUGAAGACGAUCUACUUGACCACGAUCAUCGUUAUGGUCUCUGGUUCAGCCAUCUUAGCGAAUUGGUGCAAGCAGUCUAUCUUCAUGGGACCUUUCAUCUUAGGCCUCGCGGUUCCUCACGGCCCGCCUCUAGGCUCUGCGAUCAUUCAGAAGUUCGAGUCGGCUAUAUUCGGAACGUUUCUUCCGUUCUUCGUUGCCUCGUCUUCCACGGAGCUAGACAUCUCGGCUCUACUUGAUUGGAAAGAUCUCAACGCCAUUGUGCUCAUCAUGGUGACAUCCUUCGUGGUGAAAUUCAUCUUGACCACGCUUCCUGCUUUGUUCUACGGUAUGCCAAUGGAAGACUGCUUCGCUAUCUCUCUUAUCAUGUCUUUUAAAGGCAUCUUCGAGCUGGGCGCCUACGCCUUGGCUUUUCAAAGAGGGUCUGUGCGUCCCGAGACCUUCACCGUCGCGUGUCUUUACAUAUUGGUGAAUUCCGCGGUCAUACCACCGAUCUUGAGGUACCUAUACGACCCUUCGAGGGCGUACGCAGGGUACGAGAAGCGGAACAUGCAGCACCUGAAACCGAACUCUGAGCUAAGGAUCCUGUCUUGCGUUUACAGAACCGAUGAUAUCAACCCAAUGAUCAAUCUUCUCGAAGCUACUUGCCCGUCAAGGGAAUCCCCUGUAGCAUCCUACGUCCUCCACUUGUUGGAGCUCGUGGGACAAGCUAAUCCCAUCUUCAUCUCCCACAAACUGCAGACUCUCAGUACAGAGGAGACGUCUUUCUCAAACAGUGUGGUUAACUCCUUUGAGAAAUUCCGCAAAGAUUUCUACGGAUCGGUCUUUGUAAGCACUUUCACGGCCGUGUCAAUGCCCGAUACGAUGCACGGAGACAUAUGUAUGCUUGCACUCAACAACACUACUUCUCUCAUACUCCUUCCUUUUCACCAGACUUGGUCAGCGGACGGUUCCUCUAUCGUCGCAGACAGCAGCAUGAUCUGGAACCUAAACAAGAGCGUCCUCCAAGUGGCGCCAUGCUCUGUCGGAAUCUUUGUCUACAGGAGCAGCCACGGGAGGAGAAACAUCAGUGAAACGGCUCUAAACAUGUCAUCCUACCAAGUCUGUAUGAUCUUCUUAGGCGGUAAAGACGACAGAGAAGCGAUGACGCUGGCAACGCGAAUGGCCCGUGACCCGAGAAUCAACGUCACCGUUGUCCGCAUGAUCAAUGCCGACGAGAAGGCAAAAGAAAACUCGGAGUGGGAUAAAAUGCUUGACGAUGAGCUGCUUAGAGACGUGAAGAGCAAGGCAUCAGCAGAUAUCACCUACACGGAGGAAUCUGUCGAAGAUGCGACUGAGACAUCGGGCAUUCUGAAAUCGAUGGCCAGCGAGUUCGAUUUGUUCAUUGUGGGAAGAGGGAAAGGAAGGAUGAGUGUGUUCACGGAUGGGCUUGAGGAGUGGAGUGAGUUUAAGGAGCUUGGUGUUGUCGGAGAUCUUUUGACUUCACAUGAGAUUAAUUGCCAAGCUUCAGUUUUAGUUAUACAACAGCAACAACUUAUGAUUUAGGUCUAUAUAAUUUUCUUACCUACACAAUUCUUUUGUAAUUUUACCAUUUCUUUUAUUCAUUGUAGUCUUAGAAAAUUUAAUUGUAAGAAGAGUAUUCUUUUGUAAAUUUCACUUAGUCCAUUCAAAUUUUA